AGUGAAUCAAAUCAACACCGUAUUCUUCCGACGUUCUUUGUUGUCUGCUGAGUGCUGGUAAUUUUGUUGAAAAUAAUUAGUACCCCGGCUCGGUGAGAAGGGUGAAAAAAUAUUCUUCUAAUCAAGGGAUAUAAGUAGAUUUUGUCGGUAUAGUGUUUCCGUACAAAAUCCAAGAUCGUAGCCGGAAAUUUGCAUCAAGAGCACACUCGGUGCCGCCCAUUGCCUUACAAAAUUAGAACGCAAAUUCUCACGCAUCCAAACUAAAAAGCUUAAGCUCGGCUAUAAAUAGCCCAUUAUUCCACAUUCGACGGUCGGAAAAGUGCGGAGAAAAUAUCGUCACAUCUGAGAAGGAAUUUUCAUUCCGGUUAGGAUUUCAGUAAUUUUUUUUUCAUUUCUGUGGGAAUUUUGGUGAGAUUCACAGAAACGAAGAAAACUGACCACAAACAAUGAUGACGACAGCCAGCGAGGAUCCUCCUUUCGUCGGAGAUUGGCACCGUGAGAAACGAUUAGGAAGUGGCGGCUUUGGGUUCGUUACGCUUUGGAAGAAUCACAAGACUAAUGAGAUGGUUGCUAUCAAAAAGUGUCACAUAUUGCUUGAUAAAAGCGAGAUGACUGAUAAGAACUGCGAGCGGUGGUGCAAUGAAGUUGCUUUGAUGACGAAGAAGGUGCACAAUGAGAACAUCGUUCGCACGGUGUCGGUACAGCCGGAAACGUUUCUACAGGAACUGGUCAAGCAUUCGGCGAACAAAUUACCUAUCCUGUGUAUGGAGUAUUGUGAGGGAGGUGAUCUGAGAAGAGUACUCAAUCGCGUUCAGAGCUGCAGCGGGUUAAGGGAACAGGAAGUCCGAGAAAUUUUACGUUCAUUGAGAAACGCAAUAUCUUAUUUGCACAAUCUAAGAAUCACUCAUCGGGACAUAAAACCGGAGAACAUUGUGCUGAAACAGAUGGGCGAUAGGGUUUUGUACAAACUAACUGAUCUCGGCUAUGCAAAAGCAUUGGAUAAGCAGAGUUUGAAUGCCAGUUUGGUUGGUACGGUUGAGUACAUUGCUCCGGAUUUGAUCUACUGCGAUCGAUACAAUUGCUCAGUAGAUUACUGGUCUAUGGGAAUUAUUGGCUUUGAGAUUAUUUGUGGUAUACGUCCAUUUAUUCCGCAUUCAAUCGUCGCGAAAUGGAUGAUGCACGUUCAGCAAAAGAAAUCGACCCAUAUAGCAAUCACUGAAGAUAACAGAGAGAACUACACUUAUCACAGUGAAAUUUUUCCGGAAAAUCACAUUUCCAAUGUAUUAAAAACCUACCUUGAAAAAUGGUUAACCCUUGCUUUGGAGUGGAAUCCAAAACAGCGAGGACAUGUCUUCCAGAUUGAUAACAAGGAGGUCACAGAACAGCAGCUUAAGUCUACCACAGAACCACUCAACGGGCAACCAGUUCAAGUGCUGAAAAUUUUCUCAAUGCUGGACACCAUUCUGUGUAAGAAAAUUCUUACCAUUUUUUGUUUGUACAAUUGUCGUUUUCUGAGUGUUGAAGUAGACGAAUCAACCGAUAUGGAAUCACUUAUAUCUACGGUCGGCACUGAAACCGGUAUCCCGCGUGAAGCUAUCGAGUUCGUUCUUCCACUAGAGCAGAAGCUAGAACGUAUAACGCCUACUACCAAACCGAUUGAUCUUUAUCUGGAUGGGCACUCUGACAAGCCGAUGCUAUUUGUAAUCAAACAAGGUACCGUCAUCCAGGCAGACCUCAAACCGCAAAUACCAAAGAGUGUGACCGACGUGUUCCAGAACAUCAAGGUGAAAUUGAAGCCACAUAUGUUGAGGCAGUUUGUAUCUAAUGCUUGGUAUUUUGUCACGAACGAGCAACGGGUCUACGUUGCAGCUUUGGAUGGAAUAAAGAACUAUGGCUUAAUGUUGAACGAGGAGAUUGUCAAGUGCAAGGAUGACGUGAUCAAAAUGAACAAAGUGUCGUAUGCCAUCAGUGGAGGAUUGGAAUACCACAAAUUAUCGUUGUCUCAUGCCAAAGAGAGGGCGAUGAUUGGUCAGGUACCGCCAGGCACCGUGCAGAAAUGUUUUGCCAUACUAGAAGACCGUUGCACCCGAAUGGAUGCUACUAUUAAAAAAAUGACGGAGGUUGCCGACAAAAUCACCACUCGCUACGAAUCGGUUCUGAAGCGUAGUCGCGAAGCAGUAGCCAAUCAACUUUUGCGAGCAUACGAUCAACAAGACCAUUAUAAUUUGAAAAGUCUCGACAAUCGGUACGAGAUUGCUCGGGUUCAGAUCCUUGAGAAGAACACUCAUGAAAAAUCCCACAUCGAUAUGCUGCAAUCGGUGUACGAAUGUCUGAAGAAGCGGGACAUCUUGCUGAGGGAUUACGGUUUUAAAGAGCUGCAGCAGCAACUGAUUGAUAUACGUCGCGAGAUGCAGGAGAUCAAAAAAGCACUGGAGAAGGCUCAAGAACAUGUGGAAAAAUUCAAAAAAGACUUGGCCAAAAUGAUACUGGACCAUAACAACAGCGUCUGGACUCUACUGAAUGAGGGUUCGUCAAACAAUGUUGCAAAUCCAUCAGUAAUAACAUGCAACGGAGGUGCGUCAAUCAUUCCCGAUAUAGAGCGGAUAAUGGACUCUACUAGUGGAAUGCUAAACGGCGAUUUGCCGGGUGCUCCAAAGUUCCACCUUGGAGGAACGGUUUCAUCAUUAAGUACUCUUGGCAACGAGUCAAUCAGCAAGAGUUUGCUCUGUUUUGGUGAGGGACCGGAUGUACAAUCUUUAAUAAGUGCCAAUCAUUCGCUAAUUAUAACGACUGACGAUCUCAUCAACGAUGGGUUUGAUUGGACAAAUUGAAGGCGAAAUAGACGACUGCAUAAUAAAAGCAACUCGCAAUCACUAAGUCAAUUCAUGUGGUGCAUCAAAAAGGAUCAAAAUCUUGUGAUCAGGAAUGAAGCAAUCAUCAUCAUUUUAAAUAGAUACAUGCACACAAAUUUCAUAAUAGUUUGUUUCGUUCUAAAGUUUAAUGUUUAUGACUAUAUUUACAAGAAAAGUAAAAUAAAUUUAGACAGAUUUACGUGUUAAAAUA